AUGGCUUCAUCGGACGACACCUACUACGCCUAUUUCGACUCAACCUCGGUGCCAAGCUACAUCCGGGCAGUAGAGCUACUGGGCCAAUACGUUGACGCAGAAGGGCCUUUCGACGGCGUCCUCGCUUUCUCCCAAGGGGCUGGUUUAGCUGCCAUGUAUAUCGUGCACAAAUUGCUCCAGGAUCCGAAUCGGGCUCCUCCAUUCAAAGUCGCCAUCUUGAUAUCAUGUCUCUCUGUCUAUGAUCCGGUGACAUGGUACGAACGUGGCGAGGUCAGGACAAUGGAUCCAGCCAAAGAUGGGCAGGUCAUCAGUAUUCCUACAGCCCAUAUCUGGGGUCAACAAGAUAGUCGUAACCCUGAGAGCAAAGCCAUCUAUCAAAUGGCAGAUCAUGAUCUGAGAUCCAUAUCUGUGCAUGAAGGUGGGCACGAAGUCCCAAGUACGGGAACACAAGGUGCUAUUGGUGGAGCAGUGAAAGCGAUCAGGCGAGCAGUGACAAGGGCUACAUUGUGA